AUGUCCGCUGAUCAAUUGACCCGAGCUCAGAACAGUCGCGUGCUCCAGGCCUUCCGCGCUAUCGGUGUUGUUGCCGACGAUGUGCCAAUUUUGUGGUACGGUAUGGGCAAGGCCAGCUUCGCAACAGCGUCACUUGGCAAGUCUUUCGUCGUGUACAACUGCGAUAAGCUCACACCCGUGCUGGUGUCGCCACAGUUACCCAAGCGCAUCGCAGCGCUGGCCGUGCAACCCAAAAAGCACUUGACUUUUACAGCUUGUGGACGUCAAAUCAUCGUGUGGAAGCGCGUGCAACGCGUCAAGACGCUGCUAGGCCACAAGGGAACCAUCAAGCAGAUGAUGACCGUAGGUAACGUCCUCUUCGCCCUCGACGACGAGCAAGAAAUCAAAAUCUGGGACCUCGAUACCAUGGAACUUGUAGACACGCUAAACUUCCCUACAGGCUUCACACCGACCGUGAUGCUGCACCCGGACACGUAUCUGAACAAGAUUCUGGUGGGGUCGGAGCAAGGAGCACUGCAGUUGUGGAAUAUCCGCAAGAUAAAGUGCAUUUACGAGUUCAAAGGAUGGGGGAGCGCUGUCAACGCAAUGGAACAGAGUCCCGCAGUGGACGUCGUGAGUAUCGGACUGGCCGAUGGAAGACUCAUGGUGCACCACUUGCAGCUAGACCAACAGGUGCUGGACUUUAAGCAGGACCAAAAGAGCGGGAUCACAGCCAUGUCGUUCCGUACGGAUGCAGGCGCUUCGACGACUCCCUUGGUGGUGUCGGGGUCGCGAUCCGGUGACAUUGCAGUGUGGAACCUGCAGACUAAACGUCUCGAGUCGGUGAUCCCAGGUGCACACGAUGGUGCGGUAGUCUCGCUGCAGUUCUUGGCGAACGAGCCGUUGUUGCUGUCUUCGGGUACAGAUAACUCCAUCAAGAUGUGGAUUUUCGACCACCUGAACGGCGGCACGGCUCGCCUGCUCAAGUCUCGUGAGGGUCACCGAGCCCCGCCGACGCGUAUUCGUUACUAUGGCAAUAAUACUCUCGCUACGAUGGCGGACGGUGCGGACGGCACGUGCUGUCAGAUCCUGUCGGCCGGUCAGGAUCGCGCCUUCCGUGUGUUCCACACGGCUCGGGAACAGCAGAGCAGAGAGCUUUCCCAAGGUCCAGUACUCAAGAAAGCUCGCAGUUUGAAUGUGCGGUUGGAGGACCUGAAGCUGCCGCCCAUUGUGCAGUUCGCGGCGAUGGAGACGCGUGCUCGCGACUGGGCGAACGUGGUGACGUGCCACGAGAACGAGAUCGCGGCGUAUGUGUGGCGCUUUGAACACCGAGCUAUUGGCAAGAAGGUGCUACGUCAGUUCGACCCGAGCAACCGCGUCCCAUCUGGUAGCGUGGAGGACUUACGUCGUAAGAAGACACAAGCUACAAGUGUCGCUAUCAGCUCCUGUGGCAACUACGCACUAGUGGGAGGUCUGGGUGGUUCAGUCUUCCGAUACAACAUGCAGUCUGGUGAGAAGCGUGGCUCGUACCCUGUAGCAGCGACACCGAAGGCGAAGAUCAUUCGCUCACUGGUACUGCCUGGCUCGGAUCUGUCAGCUCUGCAGAACGAUGAGGCUGAUAAGACGGCUGCGGAUGCUCACGAUGGACCGGUCAGUGCAGUGGCUGUUGACGCGCUGAACGAGACGCUGGUGUCAGCGGGUAUCGACGGCAAGCUCAAGUUCUGGGGCUUCAAGAAGCACGAGCUGCGCUUUGAGAUGGACGUUGGCUCUCCGAUCAGUCAGAUGGAGCUGCAUCGCGACAGUAAUUUGCUCUGCGUGGCGUGCGAUGACCAGGUGCUGCGUCUGUAUGACGUGACGACCCACAAACUUGUACGUCGCUUUGCCGGCCACUUGCACCGUGUCACGGACAUGACGUUCAGCUCGGAUGCGCGGUGGCUCUUCUCGUCUUCAGCUGAUGCCUCGUUGCGUGUGUGGGACAUCCCGACGGGCAAGUGCGUGGACUGGAUGCGUUUCCAGAAGCCUGUGACGGGUCUGGCUGUGUCCCCGACGGGCGAGUUCCUCGCUACUACACACGUGAGCCACGUCGGUAUCUUCUUGUGGGCGAACCGAAGCUUCUUCACCGAGGUCUUCCUGGACUCGGAGCCUACGGAACCCAUCCUCAUGGACAUGCCUGUGUCUCUCAACGAAGUGGAUAACAGCGACCAGCUCGGAUUUGGCACCGAACGUAACCCACAACUGUCCGUGUCAAGUAGCUCGGACCCACUGGACGCGUCGCUGAUUACUCUGUCGACGGCCCCACGUGCGUUCUGGCAGUCUUUGUUCAAUUUGGAGCUGAUCAAAAAGCGUAACAAGCCUAUUGAGCCUCCGAAGGCCCCCGAACAAGCCCCGUUCUUCCUCCAGACAGUACGUAAAGACGAUGUCCACCCGACUUUCGUUCCAGUGGCAUCCGAAGCGAAGAAAGAAACUGAGAAGAAGGACGAGGAGGACGUUGCGAUGGACGGCUGGGGUGCUGGUGAUGAUGAUGAGGCCUGGGGUGACGAUGACGGUGAAGAGCCGGAAGAUGAAGUGGCUGCUCCUAGCUCCCGUAUCGUCAAGACGGAGGGCAUGGUGACUACCCGCUGUAAGCUAGCAACGCUGUUGGCUAAGGCUGUACAGGAGGAGGAAGACGAGGACCACACAGUCUCGCGCUUCAAUGAGGUGGCCAAGUACAUGCAGUCGCUGUCUGCGUCGGCUGUGGACGUCGAGAUGAGCACUCUGUGCAUGGGAGACUUUGACGAGGAGGGGAAGAAGCUGCUCGGUUGGUUCCUGGAUUUCCUACGUGAGGAGAUGCAGACACGUCGUAACUUUCAGGUGCUCCAGGCAUACCUGAACCGGUUUCUGAAGCUGCACGAAGAGCUGUUGGUCGCGGACUCGACAUUGCUGGCGCGGGUGGACGAACUGGGAGCCGUGCAGCAGCAGCAGUGGCAACACUUGCAGAAGUUGCUGCACAACAAUUUGUGUCUGGUGCAGUAUCUCAGUAAGAUCCAGAUGUAG